GGUGCCGGACACUUUUAAGGAGUUUGUUGGAGAGGCGCUCGGGAGCAUCGCGGAGUUUCUCCACUUUUCCUCGGGCUGGUGCAGUCUCUCUCUCUCCCUCUCUCCUCUUUAUCAUCCUCCGCUCUUCACCGGCGCCUCCAGCAUGCAGAGCUGCGCGAGAGCGUGGCGCGCCGUCACGAGGACGGUGAGCGUCCGCGAGAGACGCCGCGUGUGUGAGAAGCUCGGCGGUGGAGCGGCGGUGCCGCACGCGACCCUCGGGGUCAGGAAUGUUCAGGUCCGCGCGCUCAGGACCACCGUGGCCGCGGGGUCCCGCAAGAUCGAGCGGAUCCUGCCCAGGCACGACGACUUCGCGGAGAGACACAUCGGACCCGGAGACAAGGAGAAGCGCGAGAUGCUGAACACGCUGGGACUGGAGUCCAUUUCAGAGAUGAUAGAAAACACAAUUCCUUCAUCAAUUCGCCUUCAGAGGAGCCUGAAAAUGGACGACCCUGUGUGUGAGAAUGAAAUUCUUGAGACCCUCCAGAAGAUCGCUUCCAAGAACAAGAUAUGGAGAUCAUACAUCGGAAUGGGAUAUUAUAACUGCUCUGUGCCUCCUGUCAUACAGAGAAAUCUUUUGGAGAAUUCAGGCUGGGUAACCCAGUACACCCCCUACCAGCCUGAGGUUGCUCAGGGUCGUUUGGAGAGCCUACUUAACUAUCAGACCAUGGUGUGUGACAUCACUGGUAUGGCAGUGGCCAACGCUUCGCUGCUAGAUGAAGGCACUGCAGCUGCUGAGGCCAUGCAGCUUUGUCACAGGCAAAAUAAGAGAAGAACAUUCUAUAUUGAUCCCCGCUGUCAUCCACAGACCAUUGCCGUGGUACAAACCAGAGCAAACUACAUCGGGGUGAAGACUGUUCUGAAGUUGCCUCAUGAGAUGGACUUCAGUGGGAAGGAUGUGAGUGGAGUGCUCUUCCAGUACCCUGAUACUGAAGGAAGAGUGGAGGACUUCUCUGCACUUGUGGAUCGAGCACACAAGGGUGGUGCACUGGCUUGCUGUGCUACUGAUUUGCUGGCCCUCUGUGUCCUGCGUCCACCUGGCGAGUUCGGAGUGGACAUAGCCCUGGGCAGCUCUCAGCGCUUUGGAGUGCCUCUCUGUUAUGGUGGACCUCAUGCUGCUUUCUUCUCAGUCAAAGAAAACCUGGUCAGAAUGAUGCCGGGAAGAAUGGUUGGAGUGACUAGGGAUGCUGCAGGAAAAGAGGUAUAUCGCCUAGCUCUCCAGACUAGAGAGCAGCACAUCCGGCGAGACAAAGCCACCAGCAACAUCUGCACUGCUCAGGCUCUCCUGGCUAAUAUGGCUGCUAUGUACGGACUGUACCAUGGCCCGCAAGGCCUGAGGCACAUCGCUGAGAGGACUCAUAACGCCACUCUGAUUCUUGCUGAAGGACUUAUUAGAGCUGGACACAAGCUGCAGCAUGAAACCUUCUUUGAUACUCUAAAGAUUCACUGUGGCGUGGCGUCCAAGGACAUAUUGGAGAAGGCGGUACAGCGGGAGAUUAACCUGCGGGUUUAUAGUGAAGGAGUGCUGGGAGUGUCUCUGGAUGAGAAUGUUACAGAGCGUGAUCUGGAUGACCUUCUCUGGGUUUUUGGAUGUGAAUCCUCUGCUGAGCUCAUUGCUGAGAAAAUGAGUGAGAGAACAAAAGGCCUACUAGCAAGUCCUUUUAAGAGGACCAGCAAGUUCCUCACUCAUCCAGUGUUUAACAGCUAUCAUUCAGAGACCAAUAUUGUGCGAUAUAUGAAAAGACUGGAGAAUAAGGACAUUUCACUGGUGCACAGUAUGAUUCCUUUGGGAUCCUGCACCAUGAAGCUGAACAGCUCCUCAGAACUCAUGCCAAUCACCUGGCAGGAAUUUGCCAACAUCCACCCUUUCGUACCGCUGGACCAGGCCGAGGGUUAUCAGCAGCUCUUCCGCCAGCUUGAGAGGGAUCUGUGUGAGGUUACAGGAUACGAUAAGAUCUCCUUCCAACCAAACAGUGGUGCCCAAGGGGAGUACGCUGGACUGGCUGCCAUCAAAGCCUACCUGAAUUCUAAAGGAGAAGCACACAGAACAGUGUGUCUGAUUCCUAAGUCCGCUCAUGGAACCAACCCUGCCAGUGCUCAGAUGGCUGGUAUGAAAGUCCAGGUGGUGGAGGUAGACAAAGACGGCAAUAUUGAUGUGGCUCACCUGAAGGCAAUGGUUGACAAACACAAAGAAAACUUGGCUGCCAUAAUGAUCACAUAUCCCUCAACUAAUGGUGUGUUUGAGGAGAAUGUCAGUGAAGUGUGUGAGCUCAUUCAUCAGAACGGUGGACAGGUGUAUCUUGAUGGGGCCAACAUGAACGCACAGGUGGGACUGUGUCGGCCAGGGGAUUACGGCUCAGAUGUUUCUCACCUGAAUCUUCAUAAAACCUUCUGUAUUCCUCAUGGAGGUGGUGGUCCAGGCAUGGGUCCAAUCGGAGUUAAACAGCACCUUGCUCCAUUCCUACCAAGCCAUCCAGUGGUGAACAUGCAGUCUAGCAACACAGUCAGCUCUUUAGGCACAAUCAGUGCUGCUCCCUGGGGUUCUAGUGCCAUCUUGCCCAUCUCUUGGGCCUACAUAAAGAUGAUGGGCUCAAAAGGGCUGAGGCAUGCAACAGAAGUAGCCAUUCUUAAUGCAAACUAUAUGGCUAAGAGGCUGGAAAACCACUACAAAAUCCUGUUUAAAGGCUCUAAAGGGUUUGUUGCACAUGAAUUUAUUUUGGAUGUUCGGCCGUUCAAGAAGACAGCAAACAUUGAGGCUGUGGAUAUUGCCAAAAGACUGCAGGAUUAUGGCUUCCAUGCUCCCACCAUGUCCUGGCCUGUGGCUGGAACUCUGAUGAUCGAGCCCACAGAAUCAGAGGACAAGGGUGAACUGGAUCGGUUUUGUGACGCCCUGGUGGCCAUUCGACAGGAGGUUGCAGACAUUGAAGAAGGUCGGAUGGACUCUAGAGUUAACCCACUGAAGAUGGCUCCCCAUUCACUGGCAUGCAUUGCCUCAUCCACAUGGGACAGACCCUACUCCAGGGAAUAUGCUGCCUUCCCCAUGCCUUUCGUGAGACCUGAGACCAAGUUCUGGCCUACAAUUUCAAGGAUCGACGACAUCUAUGGCGACCAGCACCUUGUGUGCACCUGUCCCCCAAUGGAGGUCUACGAAUCUCCAUAUGAAGAACGCGCCUCCUCGUGACCAUUUCUCAACAACAUUCCAGUUUCACAGUCUUCCAAAUCAUGCAUCUCCAGCAGUCGGUUAUGAUCUUGGCAGCCUCACUUCUUCUUCUCAUUCUGCGUACACUAUAUACAUUAAAUAGCUGGCCUGACCUGCCCUUCCCUCUCUUAUAGCUCUCUGUUGCGCUACUAAGACGUAUAUAAAUCCACAUCAGGCUCUGAUUUAGUGAUCCACUUGUAUAGGUUCUGGUUUUUAUAUGUGUUCAGCCCGUGUAUGAAAAUGUUUGUUUAAAUGUAUGGACUUUUGUUUGACGUGUAUGUAGGUAUGUAUACGUAACUUACUGCCAUUGUUCUCAAUGUUGACAUUAAUUUUAUAGAUGUAACCUUUUCUAAUUAUUUAAGAAAUUAUUAGGCCAAACUUGUUUUGUAGAAAUGUAAUAAAUGUUUUAAAAGAA